AUGGCGAUGGCCGGCGGCGGGAACUCGCUGCCGUCGGCGUCGUGCGGCGACGACAAGAAGCGGCGCGUGUGCUACUACUACGACCCGGGCAUCUCCACCGUCGACUACGGCGACGGGCACGUCAUGGUGCCGUACCGCGUCACCAUGGCGCACGACCUCGUCGCCGCCUACGGCCUGCUCGGCGACAUGCGCCGCCUCCGCACGGCGCCGGCCACCGAGGCGGAGAUCGCCGAGGUCCACGACGGGGGCUACGUCGCGCUCCUCCGCGGCCUCACCCCGGACGGCUACCUCCGCGACGACGGCGGCGUCCGCGACAGGGCCUUUCGCUGCGGCAUCGGCGUCGCCGGCAGACACGGCGAGGGCGCCGACAACCCCGUGUUCGACCGCCUCUGGGAGUACUGCCGGCGCUACGCCGGCGGGUCGCUCGCCGCGGCGCGCGCCCUCGGGAGCGGCACCACCGACAUCGCCAUAAACUGGUCCGGCGGGAUGCACCACGCGUGCCACGGCGGCGCGAGCGGCUUCUGCUACGUGAACGACAUCGUGAUCGCCAUCCGCGAGCUGCUCGGCCACUUCCGCCGCGUGCUCUACGUGGACAUCGACGUCCACCACGGCGACGGCGUCGAGAAGGCCUUCGAGGCGUCGAACCGGGUGAUGACGGUGUCGUUCCACCAGUACGGCGACAAGUUCUUCCCGCGGUCCGGCAAUGUCGCCGACGUCGGCACCAAGCCCGGCGAGUACUGCACCCUGAACGUGCCGCUGAAGCCGGGCAUCGGCGACGACGAGUACCACCGCCUGUUCGAGCCGAUCAUGGCCAGGGUGAUGGAGGUGUUCCAGCCGGAGGCCGUCGUGCUGCAGUGCGGCGCGGACUCUCUCGCCGGCGACCGGCUUGGUGACCUGAGCCUGACCCUGCACGGCCACGCCCGCUGCGUCAGCUUCAUCCGCAGCUUCAACCUGCCGCUCCUCCUCGGCGGCGGUGGUUACACCAUCAACCACGUCGCCUCCUGCUGGUGCAACGAGACGGCGGUGGCCAUCGGCAAGGACAUCCCCAACGACAUACCGGAGCACGGCACCGACCGCUUCUACGAGAACCAGCGGUACCAGCUCCACUACACGAUGUCCACUUCGCGCAAGAACUGCAACACGGCCAGGUCCAUAGACGAAAUGAGGCAGAAGGCCCUGGAGAACCUCUCCAAGCUGAGGCUGGAGGCGGCGGCGGGCGUGCCGUUCGAGGAGCGCGGCGGCCGGAGCACCGACGCCGACGCGCUCUACGAGCGGAGCGACGAGGAGGAAGAGGAGCGCCCCUCGCAGAGGCUGCACCGGCUCUGCUUCCUAGAAAGAGCCGAUCGGCGACGACGACGAGAGCCCCACCCCCAUGGAGAGGUGCCAAGCCAAGCACAGGCACACGACACCGAGCGGCGCAGCAGAAAGCUGCGAAAGGCCAAGUGA